UGCAGCUGUUUCCUGUGUGUGUACGCUCGCUGCAGACGGAGGAGGAGGAGAGAAAGCUCUCCGACUGCCCUUGAAAAUGAGAUCAGAUAACUGCGUAAUCGGUCAGUGCUCUCUCUCUCUCUCUCUUCCCCCUGCGCCGGCCAGACACUGAGAGCAGUCAACUCCACAAGAGGAUCUGUCUUCUCAUUCUGCUGUGUUGCCUGAGGUGAUGGAAGGUCCCGGGAAGCCUGCGGAAUUAUCCAGAUCUUACUUCUCUGUCCGCUCUGGGGUCCUUACUCAGUCCGCGCACAGCCGGUAGAAACUGCACAUGUGAACUUCUAAUUGCGAGGACGCGGCGUCAGAGAAAAACUAGGUGUUAAGGCUGUGAGGAUGGACCUCCCCUCCUACCCGCCUUUGUUCUACCUGAUGCUGUGUGCGCUAACGCUGCGCGGAGCAGAAGCCAGCCCGGAGACCCUCUGCGGGGCAGAGUUGGUGGAUGCUCUUCAGUUUGUCUGCGGGGACCGAGGGUUCUACUUCAACAAACCCACGGGCUACAGAUUGAGUGUGAGGAGACCGCACCGAGGGAUUGUGGAUGAGUGCUGCUUCCAGAGCUGUGACCUCAAGUUGUUGGAGAUGUAUUGUGCAAAACCCCAACGCCUGGACAGUUCUGUACGUAUCCAGCGUCACACUGAGAAAGGACAGAGGGAGAACAUCUGGAGGAACCCCAACCGAGCUAAUGCCAGCACUGUCAACAGGAAUUAUCGAAUUUGAGAUUGGUGGACGUGUGCUAGGUGGACUUGGUGGAAAUGGUGGCCAUGACUGGAGUCACCCUCUGGUCACAAGUUAUCAAAGGAUUCUGAUCAAUAUGUGAACUCCCUCAGUAGAAUGUGCAAGUUUCUCCACAUUUAUCACCAUCCCAGGAAGACAACUGCUUUCUUUUGUUGUGGAGUGAAGUGUAGGAAUGGACAAACAAUGGGUUGUGUUCCUACAAGUGUCUUUCCAAGCAUGUUCACUGUCCACAGGGUCACUAGCCCCAACUACAUAAGGUGGCAAAAAUGCAGAAUUCAUUUUAACGUGCGCCCUAUUAUUGUGACAUGUUCUUUACAACAUUUAUCUAUGGAUUAGACUAGAUAGAGCCAUGGAUGAAACUUGCUAUUACAAGCCAAUUUUUAUGUAACAAACAGUCUACUGGAGGAACUCAGCGGGUCGAGCAGCAUCUGUGGGAGGAAAGGAAUUGCCGAUGUUUCGGGUUGAAACCCUGCAUCAGGACUGAGAGUGGAGAGGGAAGAUGACCAGUAUUAAGAGGAAAGGGGGAGUGGUUGGACAUUGAUAAUUCCCCCCCUCCCCACAGAUGCUGCUUGAUCUGCUGAGCUCCAGCAUAUUGUUUGUUGCUCCAGAUUCCAGCAUCUGCAGGCUCUUGUGUCUCAAUUUGUAUGUAAGCUGCAAGUUUGAAAAGCAUUCACUUUAAGUUGGGAGUGUUCAUAAACGAAUUACUACUUUUGAUCUCUGCUUUGGAAGGGUAGUGAUGAAAUGGAGCGAGGUGGAAUGAACCAGGGCAUCAGAUUAAGGAUCAAAUUUGGGGUGCUGCCAAUAAACAGCUCUGACAUGUAUACAAGCCAAUAUGGUAACUGGGCUGCUCCCCAGAGAAAAUGUAGGUUGGGCUCCAAAUGGUUUCAAUAUUUGCAGUCUUAAGUGGACUGUUGAUUUUGGUAGCACUCUACAGGACACAGUCUGAUAUGAUUUUUGCUGAUAACCUGAAUUUCUGCCCAAAAAAAAGGUGUGAUUAACUGAUUUUUGCUCCAUUGUUAAAAGGUUAUAAUUCUCCAACUUGAAGUUUAUAUCCAAAGGGCAAAUUUCUAAAUCUGUUCUGUAGCCUCAUUCUCUGACCUUCUCUCUAGUAAGACUCCAGUUUUAGAGUGGACCUUCGUACCCUAGCUCCAAGAAUAUGAAGUCGACAGGUCAAAUGAAUCCAAUAUUAUUUUUGUGAAUCGUGUAUUGCUGGGUGUGAGUGGGUAAAAUUCCCAGGCUGAGAUGACCAAACUCUUCCAUCAUGUCCUUUCCACAUAACUGGACCAUCAGGAUUUUUGAGAUGCAUUGGAUUUUUUUUCUCUUUCUGAAUCCAAUUUGGAGGAUUGAUAUAGAAAGGUGUGAGUUGGGGACCAGGAGUGGUGAAAUUGGACUUUGCCAAAAGGGAGAUGGUGAAUCUGUAUUCCUUUGUUUAACACUACACUCAUUUCUCUGCUGGGUCUUCAUCCCCUGUGAUCAUUGCGAGCUAAUUCCCAAUAUCUUGCUUGCUUUGUAAUCUUGAACUAGCCUUUUACUCUAUACUCAUUCCACCACAAGCUCAGCAGGGCUGACACUAUGAUCUGUAGCGGAUGCCAACUUUAUACAUGAGGUGGUUACUAAAGGGGGCACCCUACCAGACGAUGUAUUUGCACUGUGUUCAUAUCUCUGCUCUUGCUUCAGUGCUGGAGAACUUUUUAAAGAGAUGUUCUUUGCAUUAUUGUAGCAACUGUCGAGAGCACACAAAUGGUCCAAUCUGAUGCACAAACGUGGCUGUCUUGGCACAAAAGAAACAGGGUGAAGGUGGUGUAACCUGUAACCUUGCUGUAAACAAUUCAUAGAUGGGGCUGCUAUAAGAGCCUGCUUGUUUUAAAUGUCUACCUUUUGUGUAUGGGGGGGGACAUAGUUUAUUUGCAAUGGGAUAUUCGAUCUGUUCAGUACAAAGGUGCUAUUAUGUUGUUUAAUUGUGAAUGUACUUGACCUUAAGAGCAAUAUGUUUUGUGUAACAAAA